AUUUAUUACAUUAUCAGGUUCUACACGCCUCUCUAUAAAUACCCUCCCAGGAGGCAGGAGUCUGCUCUACUGCCUCCUCUCCUCCCUGCGCGUAAACUCAACCGAUCAGACGGCAACAUGGCUGGAACUAUGAUGGUGAAGAAUAUGCCCCUGAAGGUGGGCCACACGUUGACCGUCACCGGGUUCCCCACGGAGGGGGCUGAACGCUUUAUGAUGAACAUCGACUACGGGGCCGACAUCGCGUUCCACAUGAGCGUGUGGUUGAACACAACAUCAGUCUACAAGGACUUGGUGGUCUACAACACGAAGCAGGGGGGAUCCUGGAAGGAGGAGAUCCAUACGGGGUUGUUCCCCUUCAAACAAACGGGGCUCUUCAAGUUCACCGUCACCCUGACCCGUGAUGAGUUCCUGGUGAUCCUUAGCGAUGGCUCUGAGGUCCACUUCCCCAACCGCCUGGGGGCGUCUGAGUACAACGACUUCUCCUUCGAAAAGGGCGUCCGCAUCCGCAGCUUUGAGAUCAACUAACCCUGAGCUGGAUCUCCUCCUUCAGUCUGGUGGCCUCUCCUCACAGCAGACAGGUUCACAGGCAGAUGAGAACCACUCACUUCAUCAACCUCUGACAUCCCUGUGUUAGAUGUUCUUUACAAAGCUUUUUCUGCAAUGGUAAAACUGAUUGAUUUGUUUUGUUUAGGCCUUUGUAUUCCUUUGAGAACAUCGGCCAUUGAUGAUCGCUUCCUCCCUGGCCUGUCUUGGGCCAUCUUCUCCAUCUGUUGCCCGUCAGCCCUUCCUCCUUGAAUCGUAAAACUGAUGUGGAUUAAAAAACGAUUUUUUUAGCAAUGAUAA